AUGCGGAUGCAGGGUUACCGUCUUCAGAUUUUGGUGCCUGAUGUCAGCGAUAUCUUUGCUGUAGUUUCUAUAGCCAUCAAUGGACUAAUCGAGUUCGCGCCGCGCGGCUCGCUCGCCGACGAGGCCGCCAGGAGCGGCGGGAGCCUCGCGGAGCGCGCCAUCCAGGGGUACGCGGCGGACGUGGCCAGCGGGCUGUCUUACCUCCACGGGAACUCGCUGGUGCACGGGGACGUCAAGGCGAGGAACGUCAUGGUCGGCGCCGACGGGCGAGCCAAGCUCGCGGACUUCGGGUGCGCGAGGGCGGCGGGUUCCGACCGGGCGAUCGCCGGCACCCCUGCGUUCAUGGCGCCGGAGGUGGCGCGCGGGGAGGAGCAGGGCCGGGCGGCCGAUGUGUGGGCGCUCGGCUGCACCGUCAUCGAGAUGGCCACCGGCCGCGCCCCGUGGGGCGACAUGGACGACGUCUUCGCGGCGGUCCACCGGAUCGGAUACACGGACGCCGUCCCCGAGCUUCCCGCGUCGCUGUCGCCGCAGGCCAAGGACUUCCUCCGCAAGUGCUUGGCAAGAAACCCCCGCCACCGGCCCACCGCCGCGGAGCUCCUAGAGCACCCGUUCCUCGCGUCCGCCUUCCGCGAUUACGGCGACGGGGAGCCGGCGAAGCAGGACUGGGUGUCCCCGAAGAGCGACGACGAGGAGAGCGAAAUAGAGGACACGCUGACGAGCGCGGCCGAGAGGAUCGGCUCCCUGUCGAGCCCAUGCUCGGCCUUGCCAGACUGGGACUCCGACGAUGGCUGGAUCGACGUGCACGGCGAACGCUCCGAAGCUUCAGAAACUGCGACGGCCACGGCGAUCGCCAGCACAGACUUCGGCCCUUGGAGUGAAGAAGGAUUGGAAGCCGAGGUUGACGUCCAUUUCGCUGAUGCGGAUGCAAUUAGGUGGUACGUGUUAGAUUGAUCUCUUUCCCAAUGGGCCCAACGGCCCAUUGGGCCCACUGGACCUUGACUCACGCCCUGAUCGGGG